CCUGGUGCUAACCCGUUCAACUUCCCCUUGUUCCCGGGACUCGGAGGUGCUAACGCCGGCAACAUGUUCGGCAACUUAGGCGGCGGUGCCGGCGGCAACGGCAUGCCGAGCAUGCAGCAGAUGCAGCAGCAAAUGAUGGAGAACCCGGACAUGGUGCGGCAGAUGAUGGACUCGCCGCUCAUGCAGAACCUGAUGAGCAACCCGGACCUCAUGCGCAACUUAAUGCAGAGCAACCCGGCCAUGCAGCAACUCAUGGAGCAGAACCCGCAACUCAACCACAUCAUGAACGACCCGGAGUUGCUGCGCCAGAGCAUGGAGGCCAUGCGCAACCCCGCGGCCAUGCGCGAGAUGAUGCGCAACCAGGACACGGCGCUGCGCAACAUCGAGAGCCACCCGGAGGGCUUCAACGCGCUGCGCCGCAUGUACCACGACGUGCAGGAACCGCUCAUGGACGCGGCGGCCAGCGGCGCCCCCGCGGCCAGAGGUCCCGCCUUCACCAUGCCCGGAGUUGCCGGUGGGGGCAACAGCAACACUACCGGCAACAAUGCAACUUCAACUCAAUCUGCGGCAACUUCAACUCCGGCCACGGCAACUUCAACUGGUGGUGUUAACCCGUGGACAACUGGAGGUGCAAAUGCAAAUGCAAGCGCAACUGGCGCGGGCGCCAACCCGUGGGGGGGAAUGGGAAUGGGAGGAAUGGGAGGUCUCGGAGGCAUGGGGGCAGGAAUGGGCGGUGCCAACCCCGAGAUGAUGGCGCAGAUGAUGCAGAGUCCGCUGUUCCAGGCCGCGCUGGACCAGGUGACGAGCAACCCGGAGCAGUUCCUGGCGCAGAUGGAGGCCAUGAACCCGCAGAUGGCCGCCAUGAUGAACGCCAACCCACAGAUGCGCCAGAUGAUGGCCAACCCAGAGUUCCUGCGCCAGGCCAUGAACCCGCAGAACCUGCAGGCCAUGAUGCAGAUGCAGAACGCCAUGAACCAGCUACGCGGCUCCGGACUCGUCCCAGGACUUGAAGGUCUGAACCUGGGCGAUGCUGGAGCUACUGCGGGUGCUGGAGCUGCGGGGGCAGCCAAUCCUGCUGCAGCCAACCCGUUUGCGAUGUUUGGCGGCUUCCCUGGCGCGGGUUUCGGUGGAGCAGCGAUGGGCGCGGCAAGCUCCACUCCUGCUGCACCUGCUGGCAACCCCGAGGAGAUCUACGCGUCGCAGCUGACGCAGCUCAACGACAUGGGCUUCUCCAAUCGCGAGCAGAACAUCCGCGCGUUGCAGGCCACGAUGGGCAACGUGCACGCUGCCGUGGAGCGUUUGCUCAGCGGCACCAUAUAGGAGAGUGCGGGGCAGGUCGUCAGUCUGAUCUGCACUAAUACAAGCUACUAGCUAAGUACAGA